AUUUGCCAAUAUCGUCGUUCAGCUGUCACAACACAAAUCACAUUGAAAAAUCAAAGUUACGAAAACUUGGGAAAUUUUAAAAACUUACUUACAUUUAGGCCCCGUUUGAUAAGUAUUUCGACAAAUUAUUGUAUCCCACAGCCAUGGGAAACACGGUCUCCGCAGCAGAGAAGGUUGCUUCCAACAUAGUGCCCAGCACACUGAGCAAGGGCGAGGAAACAACACUACCGAAAGGACAUCCGCCCGUCGGUGACAAAUCCGCCAUGGGCGGUAAUCCACCGCCCGAAUGUCCGAUGCACCAAAAACAGCAACCCAAAGAACAGCCCGUGCUGGUAUCGGAAUGCCCGGUAAAACACGACGGUGCCGACGUGAACCCGCUGAACAUGAUGCCACCAGCAAAUCAAAACCCAGCCCCAGGACAACCAUUCCCGCUGCCUACCGAGCGCCAGGUUUCAUCGAUUCCGAAGGCAACGGCCGAUGGCAAGCAAGAGUUCUGGCUGUACCCAAGUCAACAAAUGUUCUGGAACGCGAUGCUGCGCAAAGGUUGGCGCUGGGAGAAGGAUGACCUUGCACCGAAGGACAUGGACGACAUUAUAAAGAUUCACAAUGCGAACAACGAACAGGCCUGGCAGGAGGUGCUUAAGUGGGAAGCGCUGCAUGCACGCGAAUGUGGCAACCCACGGCUGAAGAGUUUCGGUGGCAAGGCAACAGAUUACAGCCCGCGGGCCAAGAUUCGCAACAUGAUGGGAUACGAGCUGCCGUUCGAUCGGCACGACUGGAUCAUCGAUCGCUGCGGUAAGGAUGUGCGCUACAUUAUUGACUACUACGACGGUGGCAUGGUGGACGAGAAGUACAAAUUUGCACUGCUGGAUGUAAGGCCCGCGAUGGACUCGUUCGACAACGUUUGGGACCGUAUGAAGGUAGCGUACAUGCGGUGGAAGUUCGAGCUGGAAGACAAACUGAAAGAGUUGACAAACUGAGCAAUGCUGCUGUCAUUGAUGAUGCGAACGAGAAGUAGGAUUUUACCGCUUACCGGGCAAGAUUGAUCGCAAAUUCGCUUCACAAAUGACCGAACAGACUCGUGAAGAGGCAUAUUUAAAUUAAAUAGAUUUACUCCGCACACAUACACACACCCGAUAGCGAGCUGAAAAUUUAUGAUUGAAACAGUUACGUAGAGAAUAGAAUAUGUUCUCGGAAUAAAAGCAUGGUCUCCUCUUAAACCCACCUUAAACGAUGUGGUUUACAUGUGCGCUAUCUUUUGUUUAGUAGUAAUUUCUAUUUAAGUUAAUUUAAAAUUAAAAAUGCUUCUCGCACGCCAUUCAAAAUACGCCCUGUACAAUGACAGCUCAACACAUGCAAAGCAACCCUGCACAGCGCUGUCAGUCACUCCGUUGUUUACCUUUUUGCCGGCGCACGUGUAUUGAAGCGAAAUACACGGAAGCAGGAUAAUAAUUGUGUGUUUAGUCGUGUUUAAUAUCCACCGUAAAAGAUGGAAGGCGUCGGCCAGCUGUUCGGUAGCCUUCUUGAAAGUGACGAUAGUCUGCUGGACGUGUUUCUCAACAAUUUAGAUGAACAUCAAUCGUUUUGGACGGACCCUCAAAAUGAUUUGGAUGCAAUCUUCACCAGAAUCGGUACACUGCUGGCCGGCUCCAGGACGCGUGAUCGUGGUUUAAAAAUUCUCAUCCACCUUCUCUCCGGCUGCCCGCUGGAUCUGGUUGAAGAUAAGGCCCAGUUCUACAUGACCCUUUGCUUGAAAGUGUUGGACCAGCGUGGUCCAGCGCAAACCAUGCCACUGGUGUACAAGCUGCUGCAGCAACUUAUCCACCGUUCGCUGGCCUCGAACGAUCUGCACAAGCUGUUUGUGAGUAAUCUACCAAAGCUGCUGGAAUCGGUCGGAUCCAAGCUGCCACCGGCCGUUGUACCGUCCGCUUUGGCCUUCCUCGAGCUAGCAAUGCAGCACUAUGCUGGCGCAUGUGGUCCGAUGAAGACUCGUAUCGAAACGUACCUUUACUCGUUGGUCGACUCUACCAAUCCGGUCAUCAUCCAGAGCACGGCCAAAUGUUUGUUGCUGUUGCAACAGAUACGGGGCGGCGGACAGCACGGUUCCUUGCACAAGCGAACCUGGGAAGAGUACUAUCGGAAGCUGGUCGAUACGAUUCACGACCUCUUGAAUCAAAUAUUCGCACACACGCCGGAAACGUUCGAUGAGGAAGAAGAUCUGGAGUGUUUAAAGCUUCCGCCGAUGGCAAACACCACCACGCUAAAGAAUCCCAUCCGCAAGGCGCAGCUACUGGCCGUCCGUGCCGUGAACCUGAUUGCUUGCCUCGAUCAAGCGAUUGUGGGUGCGUACCCCGUCGCGAAACCUAUCGUGCCGUUUAAAGCAUUGAAUCUGGUGCUUCGUGGGCUGUCCGUUUCCUGCGAGGCGAUGGGCAAAAACCCGCUGGCGGAAAACAUUGCCUUCGGUACGUUUCUGCCGUCGAUCCAUUACGGGCUGCUGGAGGUGUUGGAUGGGUUAGUGUUGGCGCUCGGCACCAAUAUGCUUAUGUACGGCGACGCAAUCUGCGAGAUCUUCCCGAAACUGCUCCGAGCAACGCAGACCAAUCGGCGCGAUUCGUCGGAAGGCACGAGAAAGUCGUUCGCUCGGCUGCGGAAGAAAACAUACGAAAGCAUCCAGCUGUGGUGCGAAAAGAUGCGCUACGGGAGUACCAUCGAGAUGGUUAAUGAACCACUGCUCGAGCAAAUAGUGUGGGACUUUACGCCGUACGAAAGCGAGGUAACGCUGAAGAUGGGUGCCAGCGGCAACAAGCGACUGUCGUCCCGGGCGAAGAGAAAGCUGCAGAAGGAACAGAACGCUGCCACUGCCCUCAAUCAGAAUCAUUCGAGUGGAGGCGGAAUGGCGGAACGUAAGGAGCAGCUGCUGGAUGCUGGCAAUGAGUCCCUCUGCCAGGCGGCCCUUGACUGCUUAUCCGUUAUACUACAAUCGGCCGGGUGUUUCAUCAAACCCGUCACACACAAGCUGCUGGAGGAGAAAAUUGUUCCGCUCUGUUUUUCGCUUGUAUCGAACCACCAGCAGUUCGGGCUGUACGGUGACGCUAAGGUUCGGGUCGCUUUACUGCGCGCCUUUGCUGCUCUUAUCGUAAAUCCCCACCACCACUGUCCUCCACCGUUGCAAUACGCGAGCUACAUCUUCAACACGCUGCAAACGACCGACUCUAGCACGGUGGUACGUGCCGUGGCGGCAGAGCUAGCGCGCACGAUCGAGCUGGUGGUACAUCCGUGGAAGGAAACGCUUUACUUCCCGGCCGAUAAAUCAGCCAUUAAGGAUGCGUUGGCAAACAAAGACAAACACCCGUUGGCAAUGAGCAUAGCGGUGAAGCAAACGGUCUCCUCUAGGAUGGAAACCAACGGCCAGGUGCAUUUUGACAGUGAUGCACUCGAUGCUGUUGGUUCAUCAUUGGCUGUGCCGCGGGACAGUAGCUCACCGAAAAAACCGGAAAAUAAUACCCCGACCAACGGUGCCGGCGCUGCUACUGAAGACGCUGCGUGCGAAAGUGAGGGAGAAAUCAACGAAUCGCUAGCCGUAACUGAAGCGAGCGACGAUUCGAUCAUGGAGCCGGAAAGCGAACAGCCUGCCGAACCGGAAGCUACCGGAUGGGUGGAGCACGUAAGCAUCUCCUCGCUGGACGAUACGGUGAAAGCGAAAUCAAAUGAAAUUAUCACCAUCCCGGACAAGGGCGACGGUGAUUAUGACGAAGGUGUCAUUCACUGCUCGGAAGAUGACGAUGACGGCAAGCCGGAAGAUCCUGCCGUCGUUUCGAUAAUGGACAGCGAUGAGGAACAGGCCGUGAAGAGUAACGUUGCUGACGACGACGAUGUUGUGGUAGUUUCGACGGAAGUGGAACUACAAAAUGCGAAGAAUCGCCUGAAGCGUGAUACCGUUACGUCGCAAGCGCUGGAUGAUGUUACAACGAAUGGCGGAUCGCCGAAAAAGGCCAAACUUUCGCCGGACAGCUGCAAUGGUACCGGGAAAGCUAAAAACAUUGACGAUAUCGUAAACGAGAUGGUGGCAGAGUUCGUUGACGAACCAUAGGCUUAGCAUUCGUUUCGAUGUAUACACGGUUCGCUAUAAAAAUAUGAAUUAAGAACACUCUUGAGAUAUGCUUAAUAAAGUACUACACACAAAUAAACCUGGCAGUUCGGGUUGUCAGUUCU